CGUCAACUAAACACUGGACUCGAACGUUCUGUCAUUCCGAGGCGACGGGCCCAACCUGACGGGCCCGCAGGCCCUGGGGGGCGCACUCUCCUGUCGCAGUUGACCACUGCGGGGCCGUGGGCCUUGGGGCAGGACCCCUCGCGUGCUUGGGAAGGGAGCUGAGUUUCCCUAGGGGCUCUGUUUUUUGUGACCACAAUGAGAAAUUUAGACAGUGAUGAUCAGUUAACUGACAAGCUUCACAAGCCCAAGAGAUCGAAAGAAUGGUUUGAACCACAGCCACUUUCUUUUAUGGAGGCAUUAGCUGAAGAAGAUACCGAGGCAGCUAUUCAAUCAAUAUUAUAUAGAGAAAAUUAUGUGAUUAAGGAACUAGAUAAGUCUUUACAACAUCAUGACUUCUUAAAGGCAAGGAGAAAAGAGAUGCUGCAUAAAAGAUGGGUUGACCAUGUCGCACAUCCUCUCCAGAAGAAAAUUAUAGAAAAAGUUGGUUCAUAUAAGAAGAUUAAAAAAAGGAGACAAGAAGAAUUAGAUGGUUUUUUAAAACAUGUAAAUAAAAAGGGAAAUGUAUUUAUAGAACAUUAUGAUCCCAAAGAAUAUGAUCCUUUUUAUAUGAGCAAAGAGGACCCGAAUUUUCUGAAGGUUACCAUUCCACCAUUUCGUGAUCCUUUGAAAAAGGCACAGUAUGACAAAGAUGAUGAAAAAAGAACUCUUCUUCAGUGUGAGACUGGCAAAAUAUAUACAAUGAAAGAAUUUAAAGAGAUUGAAAAGGCCAAACUGCAUUCCAGAUUCCCAAGAAUUUCUAAUUCAAGGCACUUUAUGACUCCAAAUGAGUGGCUUAAGCUGCCUACAACUUACAUAGAAAGUGAAUUUUGUAAAAGGAGCAGGUUAAAAGUGAAAAUGAAUUUUAACGAUUGUAGUUUUGAUAUGAAACCCUUGACAAGAGUUCCUCAUCCCGUGGAGGCUCAGCAAGAUGAAAAAGCAGUUAUUUCCAAAAAUAAAGGAUCAUCCUUUCUGGAAAAAGAAUCUCCGUGUUUUCAUGAGAGAAGAAAUCUAAGUCUCAAAGAGGCCAACUGUGUAGGCCACUUCCUUGACCCUCAGCAGGAAGGGGACCAGGACACCGUGAGGGCUGGGAGAGUCCUUUUUGCCAUACACAAGGUAGAAAUUGCUGAUACCAAAAUCUGGGCAGCUGGGAACUUCUUUCAGGAAGAGAGAAGGCAGUGGACUGCACCCUCUUUACCCCAAACAAGGCGAGGGAGAGAGUAGAAGAAACAGAAGCAGCUUCCUUUAUUCAGAUGGAAUGGAGAGAGUUGCCCUGGGAGUUAUUACACAGUGGACAUGCCCUUUGGUGGGUGGAUUUCCAGAUUUUCCUACCUCCCUUUUAGGAAUGUUAACUGUUCUUCUGUCUCUCUGCCAUCUCUGUCAUCCCUACCAUUUACCACUUACCACACCCUAAGCCAGACCCCAAAUUUUGUUCCCCUUAAUUCAACCAAGACAGGCAGAAA